GGCUAUACGAAAACGCAAAGCUCACGACAACAAAAAAAACAAAAACAAAAAAUAAAACAGAAAGAAAACAUCACCGCCACCAACCACAAAAUGGAGGGAGACGGAGGAGGUGGCAUGGCCCAGCAGGCGGACACGGAGAUGGUGCAGGCGCCAUCUGACCCUCAGCGGCCACCGGCGGCUCCUCAGGCGAUUGGGAUCGAAAACAUCCCGGCGACGCUGAGCCAUGGCGGACGCUUUAUUCAGUACAACAUAUUUGGGAACAUAUUUGAGGUUACGGCUAAGUAUAGGCCGCCUAUUAUGCCUAUUGGGAAGGGUGCAUACGGCAUCGUUUGUUCGGCUUUGAAUUCGGAGACAAAUGAACAUGUGGCAAUAAAGAAGAUAGCAAAUGCAUUUGAUAAUAGGAUUGAUGCAAAGAGGACUCUUCGGGAGAUCAAGCUGCUUCGACACAUGGAUCAUGAAAACGUUGUUGCAAUAAGGGAUAUAGUGCCACCACCCCAAAGGGAAUCAUUUAAUGAUGUUUAUAUCGCUUAUGAGCUCAUGGACACAGACUUGCAUCAGAUAAUUAGGUCUAAUCAAGCAUUAUCCGAGGAGCACUGCCAGUAUUUCUUGUAUCAGAUCCUUCGUGGGCUUAAAUACAUACAUUCUGCAAAUGUUCUGCACAGGGACUUAAAACCUAGCAAUCUCCUCUUGAAUGCCAACUGUGACUUAAAAAUAUGUGAUUUUGGACUAGCACGUGUCACCUCUGAAACAGAUUUUAUGACAGAGUAUGUUGUUACAAGAUGGUAUCGAGCACCAGAGCUGCUCUUAAACUCUUCAGAUUACACUGCAGCUAUUGAUGUAUGGUCAGUGGGUUGUAUUUUUAUGGAAUUGAUGGAUCGGAAGCCUUUAUUUCCUGGAAGAGAUCACGUGCAUCAGCUUCGCUUGCUUAUUGAGCUAAUAGGUACUCCAUCAGAGGUUGACAUAGAGUUCUUGAAUGAAAAUGCCAAGAGAUACAUUCAGCAACUUCCUCGUUAUGAACGACAGUCAUUCACCCAAAAGUUUGCCAGUGUCCACCCUUUGGCUAUUGAUCUUGUUGAGAAGAUGUUAACAUUUGAUCCGAGACGUCGGAUUACAGUCGAGAAUGCACUUGCGCAUCCUUACCUUGCCUCGCUGCAUGACACAAGCGAUGAGCCUGUCUGCAUGAAUCCCUUCAGCUUUGACUUUGAGCAGCAUGCUCUGACCGAGGGGCAGAUGAAGGAGCUGAUUUAUCAGGAGGCUCUUGCAUUCAACCCCGAAUAUCGGCACUAGUGAACAGUGUGAAUCUCACACUGGUUAUUUAUUGUUGUUCUGAUCGAUGUUGUUUCCUUGUUUUUUUUUUUUUUUUAAUGAAUUUGCUUAAUUGAGUUCUUGUAAAUAUGUCCCAUCCGAACCCGGAUGGCUAUUGAGUUGAAAUAUCUGUAAUGGUGUUUGUAUCAGCUGUCUUGCUUUUCAAUCUUAUUGUUGUCCUACUGAAUUGAGUCCACUUCCCAAUUUCAUCAGACUUCACUUCUGUUUAUACUGUUCUUACUGCAAAAUAACAUCGAAUAAAUCUUAUUUAUUCCA